AUGUCCAGGGACGUCUGGCUCUCCAUAGCAGCAGCUCUCGGUUCAUCCACGCGGGCUCGGUGUCUCAACCUCCUCGGCCAAUUUCAAACGCUCCGGCAAGGUGACAACACGGCAGCCGAGUACCUUGGCCGUGCACAUCUCCUGGUUGAACAGCUUGCGCUCAUUGGGCGUCCAAUGAGCCUUGAUGAGCAAAAUCUGUAUGUGUUCCGGGGGUUGCUCCCGGAAUUCCGAUCGAUGGCAGCAUCUCUAGUAGUGUCGGGUACUCCCGUUUCAAUCCCCCAGCUUUCUGAUUUCUUGCAGGCACAAGAAUUUAUAUAUGCUGAUGACUUCUCCAAGGCCAGGGUGACAUCGGUUGGUGGAUCGCCUCAGGCGAUGUAUGCUGGACGCGGUGCUCCACAGUUCGCCGUUGGAGGCUCGGGCAGACGCGGAGGAGGUUCUGGACGUGGCAGGAACGGCAUAGGCCGCGGUGGUGGACGCGGUGGUGCGCGGGGCCCUCCACGCUGUCAGAUUUGUCGCUCGCACGAACACACUGCCGUGUCCUACUUUAAGCGAUAUGCACCGCAACCACACGCUCAGGCGAAUGUCGCCGUCACCGGAGACUCCCUAGCUGCCUCCACUGCCGACGCGUGGUACCCAGACACCGGUGCCACUGCACACGCCACUCGCGACGCCUCUAUGAUUGGUUCAUCGGAGGAUUACACCAGCGGCAAUGUUUUAAGGGUCGGCAAUGGUACAGGUUUGGUUAUAUCUCGUGUUGGUCAUGUAUCUGUUCCGUCUGUCACUGUUUCUAAAAAUCUACAAUUAUCCAAUAUAUUGCAUGUCCCAAAAUUGUCUGUCCCGUUACUUUCUGUACAUCUUUUUACUAAUGAUAACAGCGUAUUCUUUGAGUUUCAUAAAUCUCAUUUUGUUGUGAAGGACUCAGCCACCAAGGAAAUCUUGCUUAAAGGUCCUAGUGCGGAUGGCCUAUACAAGUUGUCAAUCCCACGGUCUCCCGUUGCGUUCCUAAGUGCCCGGGCUACUCCAACCAUAUGGCACAACAGGUUGGGGCAUCCGCAUGUUCAAGUACUCAAGCGGGUUCUGUCACAAUGUCCAGUUUCUUCGGGUCAAUUCAGUUCGUCCGGGAUGUGUUUGACUUGCCAACUCGACAAAUCCUCCAGAUUUCCCUUAGAUAGGGUUUUACAUUCUGCAAAUAAUGUAUUGGAUAUUGUGUACAUGGACAUUUAG